AUGAACCUCCGGCCGAGACAAAAACAACCCUUCAUUGGGUUCACCAAAGCCGAGGUUGAGAAAAUGGAGCAAUUGUUUGAUGAGUCUAACGAACAAUCUCUGGAUGAGAACUUCUAUAAGAAACUGGCAAGAAGUUUCAACUGUUCCAGUAAUCGAGCUGGAAAGCCUAUUUUGAAGUGGACAGAGGUACAAAGUUGGUUUCAGAAGAAGCGUAAAAACAGCCUACUGAACGAGGGUCCAUUUGAUUCCAAACAAUCUCCUAUUUUUCCAUACGAUUUUACACAAGAUAAAGCAACUGAAAAUCCUGAAUUUCCGAAAGGGGAAAAGGGCCGAGACAUAUCCAAGUUGGAGUUUGAGGCAAAAUCAUCAAAAGAUGGAGCAUGGUAUGAUGUCGAUACAUUUCUCUCCCACAGAUUUGUCGGCCCCGGCGAAGUUGAAGUCUACGUACGGUACACUGGGUUUGGGACUGAUGAAGACGAAUGGGUCAAUGCAAAACAUGACGUGAGAGAACGUUCUAUUGCUUUGGAGCAUUCAGAAUGCAACAAAGUGAAUGCUGGGGAUUUAAUCGUGUGCUUUCAGGAGAGACACGAUCAAGCAAGAUACUAUGAUGCACACGUUAUGUCGAUCCAAAGGAGAUUGCACGAUAUACGAGGUUGCAGAUGUCUUUUCUUGAUUCGAUACGACCAUGAUAAAUCAGAGGAAAGAGUGCCCUUGACGAGAUUAUAUUGCCGGCCAAACUUGCAAGCCCGUUUGGAAAGUACCUAG